AUGCAGCCCAUUAACAAUCAGGCAACUCGCACUCAAGAGGUCACAAGGCUUGAUAAGAACACAGAAUACAAAUUUCAAAUAUUAGCCUUCUCUUCUGUUGGGGAUGGACCAAACAGUACAGUCAUUUUUAAGAAGAAAAAGGAGGCUGCUCCUUCAGGUACUCCCUCUCAGUUCAUUGUCACUGUGGACUCUUCAACCAGUAUUACAUUUUCAUGGCAGUUACCACUAGAAGACUCCAGACAUGGAAUCAUCACAGGAUAUAAACUGUUCUUUAAAGAGAAAGACUCAGGUUUGGCAACAUCCUUGACUAUUGAAAAUGGAAACACAUCAACGAGAGUUGACAAACUUGAUGAAUUCACUGAAUAUGGAUUUCAAGUAUUGGCCUUCACUUCUGCUGGUAAUGGACCAAACACUUCUACUGUUUUCGCAAAAUCAAUGGAAGAUGCUCCAAGUGCACCUAUAUCAUUGUCUUCUGCUGAUGUGCCAUCCAGCAAUUUUCAGGGUCCAAGAUUGGCCUUGACCUGGAGCAAGCCAGCAAAUCCAAAUGGAAUAAUAAGGGGUUACACUCUAUUUUACAGUCACGGUGGAGGAGCACCAAAAAUUAUUUCUAAAAUAGACAAAGAUACAUUGAAUUACACAGUCGAUGUGUUGGCUGGAGUAAUUUAUCAGUUUCACGUCAGAGCUGUGAGUAUUAAACCUGGACCUAAUGGGACGAUAACUGUAGCUACAAAGGAAUACGCUCCUAGUGCACCUAUGUCAUUGUCUUCUGUUGAUGUACCACCCAGCAAUUUGCAUGGUCCAAGAAUAACCUUGACCUGGAGCAAGCCAGCAAAUCCAAAUGGAUUUAUAAAGGGUUACACUUUGUUUUACAGUCACGGUGGAGGUGCACCAAAAAUUAUUCCUGGAAUAGAAAAAGAUGCAUUAAAUUACACAGUCGAUGUGCAGGGUGGAGUGAUUUAUCAGUUUCACGUCAGAGCCGUGACUAUUGUACCUGGACCAAAUAGGACGAAAACUGUAAUGUCCAAGGAAUAUGAGCCCAUUCGUGGACCAGAAGGCAUAUCUUCUUCUGCAGUUAACUCCAAAAAAAUAAAUAUUACUUGGGUUGGACUACCACGAGAAGUUGCGUAUGGUUUUAUCGUUAAUUAUGAAGUCAGAAUCAGUUUACUAGAAAACUGUUCGCAUAGCCAGUCUACAUAUCCUUCAACUAUUAACACCACCUCCACUUACAUUCUCGUGACUGGACUCUAUUUAUGUGCCAAGUAUGAAGUGUCUGUUAGAGGCGACACUGCUGCGGGGCCUGGACCCUACAGCAUACCUGUUAUUGUGCAGACAAUAGGUAAUCCUAUCAUCGAAGACCUCCCAAAAAGAACCAUUACAGUAAUUGGCGAACUAGCAGUGUUGACCUGUGAGGUGAGUGGAGACUCUGAAGCUUCUGUUACCUGGACUAAAGAAGGACUCACCAGUAUACCUCGCGCUCAGUUCAAGAAAAACGGCAAAAUACUUAUUAUACAAGAUGUUGCUCUUGGUGACAGUGGCGUUUAUGAAUGCAAAACAUUGAACAUAUUUGGAGUGAGCCGUAGAGCUACGACACUCAUCGUUGCUGUACCACCCAGCAUUGUAAAAGAAUUCUCCCCUUCCUUGGUGAUAUGUGAAAAGAAAACUCCGUGUUUUCUCUCAUGUCAAGCAACAAGGAACUUUCCAUUUAACUACACUUGGACGAAAGAUGGCCAAGUUCCAACUAGUCAUAACAUCAAGUUAAUGAAUAAUAGUAUCAUUGUCACGCCACGGGAUGCUCAAAAUUAUGGGGAGUAUGUGUGUCACGUUACAAAUGGCUAUGGCUCCACAGAGUAUAAAAUCACUCUGUUUGUUCCGAGCGAUAAUCAAGAUGGUGACGGUACACAAAGCAUCCUUCUCGUUAGUGUUAUCGCAUUGUCUUGCAUUGUGGUUGUGUUGAUCAUUACGAAUGGUGUGUUCAUAUGGCAGCGGAGACGAGCUGUUCCCAAUAGAAGGGUACUAAGUAAAGAAGAGGUUGACUUUGACGGUGUCAGACCUUCCCCUGAUCAACAAUUAGCGGAUCAACAAGUUUCAGAAACAACUUUAUAUAUGGAACUCAAACCCAGGUCUUUGAACGAGCAGUCUCAAGACCCUACUGAGUAUCAGUCGUUACAGAAAGAACCCAGCAAUCCCGGAUAUCAUAAUAUAGUGUUUCAGAAAGGAAACGCUGGGAGACAUAAUGAAGAAAUUUACGAGGAAAUAUCCCAAAGCUGAAUUUGUAUCUAAAAAAUGUGUAGUUCUGAUCAUCCAUCCUCUUCUAUAAUAUAGCCUAAUUUGAUCAUAGCCGCAUUUUGAUUGGUUUUUACCAAUGAUCUAAUGAACGACAGACGCAUAGAUGACGUCGCCAUUAACAACAUCUUGCUUCUUCAUUGUAUGAAAUAAUUAGAUUCCACGUUGCCGUAAGUGUGUUCUGUAGCAAGUCACAAAAAAUGUCAGAAUGCUGUAAGCUAGGACAUCAGUAUGACACAGGGCUGCGCUUCUGCUUAUUAAUCAGAAACGGUACUACGCCUCGACCACUAUUGCUAUAAUGGUAUUGUAAAGCAAGCGGUUAUCCAACAUCACUAUGUGGAAAAAGUAUGAUAUGCACUGACCACAAGUGCCUCUUUAGUAGAUCCUGCCAGCGAAUGCAGUCUGUUUGAUUCAAGAACAAACAUAACCCCUAAUCGGUUUCAUAUCGAGGUAAAGGUCAUUUUAAGACAGUAUGGUCUUAAGGAAUUCGUUGACGUGCAGCAACCGUGGUUCUUUACUUUGACGUCGUCACGUGAAAACCAAGAAUACUCUAAAACUAUUCAACAGUAGGCACCGCAGUCAUGGACUGCCUUUUAAUUUUUAAAUGAAGACAGCAAGAAACGAUCAUUUUCUUUGAAUGCUGCUUAGAAGACAAAUUUUUUUCAAAGCUAAGUAAAUUCCUUUUGUCGAAAAUUUUAGUUGUUGAGAACACUGGAUGUGA